AAUUUAUUGCUUAUGUAACUUCUUGGUGCUCUGCCUUUUUUUAAAAAAAGAAGCUUUUGUUCUUGGCCCCAAACAAUAAUUAAGCUAACUUUUCAUGAUGCCUCUAUCUUUUUGGAUCGUGACAUCAAGAAGAAGAAAUCAUGAUCAGAACCUAAAUUGCACGAUUUCCGUCUGUCCAGAUUGAUAUAAAUAGUGAAGAACUGAAGAUGAAUGACAAAUAUUAUCACCUCGAUCGUUUUGGCUAAUUCACAAAAUGAGCAUCAGCUACUUUCUUGAAUAUAAAUUGGCUUUCACUGCUCUGCUCCUUUUUUUGAACUUGUCGGACUUAUUAGUAUCUCAAGCAAAUGCUGAAAGCAAAAAAUGAUUGCUAAAUAUAUAGGUUCAUAUCGUUUACAUGGGAAGAAGGCAACACGAUGAUGUUGAACUCGCAACAUCAGCUCACCAUCAAUUACUUACUUCAGUAAUGGGAAGUCAAAAAGCUGCAAGAGAUUCAAUCAUCUAUAGUUAUAAACAUGGUUUCUCUGGCUUUGCAGCCAGGUUAACGAAAUCUCAAGCCAAAAAGAUUGCAGAGUUACCUGAUGUGGUCCAUGUGGUUCCUAAUCAUUUUUUCAAAUUGCACACAAGAAGAAGUUGGGAUUAUCUUGGCCUUUCCGAAUCUUCUCCUCCAACUAACCUCCUUCAUGAAGCCAACAUGGGCGAUGGUAUCAUCAUAGGAGUUCUUGAUACAGGAAUAUGGCCAGAAAGUGAAGCAUUCAAUGACAAAGGCCUAGGGCCAAUCCCUUCAAGAUGGAAGGGCCAUUGUCAGUCUGGUGAUAAAUUUGAUCCAGCUACGGCAUGUAACAGGAAACUAAUUGGAUCAAAGUACUAUCUAAAGGGUUUUGAAGCAGCGGCUGGACGGCCAGCAAUCAAAGAUCCUGAUUUUCUCAGGUUUGACAUAGCGUCACCAAGGGAUAGAGAUGGACAUGACACCCACACAUCAAGCACUGCUGGUGGCUCGUUCACACCAAAUGCAAGUUACCAUAGACUUGGUUAUGGUACAGUUAAGGGUGGUGCACCCAAGGCUCGGAUUGCUAUGUACAAGGUGUGCUGGAAUUGGCUUAUAGGAGGAUGUACCUUUGCUGAUACAAUGAUGGCUAUUGAUGAAGCAAUUCAUGAUGGAGUUGAUAUUUUAUCCAUAUCCCUUGGCUUAGAAAUACCUCUGUACGCUGAUAUUGAUAUGCGCAAUGGCAUUGCUUUUGCAUCCUUCCAUGCUGUCAGUAAGGGGAUUACAGUUAUUUGUUCAGGAGGAAACGAAGGGCCAUAUCCCCAAACUGUAGUGAAUAUAUCACCAUGGAUCCUUACUGUGGCAGCUUCAAGUAUUGAUAGGUCAUUUCCCACACUCAUUACAUUAGGCAAUAAUCAGACUUUUUCUGGUCAAUCCAUGUAUACUGGAAAGGAGACUGGAUUUAUUGGCAUUGCACAUCAAGAAAUCUCUGAGCUUGAAGAUACACGCUUUUGCAACAACUUGAAUACAAAUGAUACAUGGGCGGCUGGAAAAGUAGUGCUUUGCUUCAUUGUUAAAGGAGAUGAGUUGUAUUUGCCAUUUACUCAACAAGUUGUCCAGGAGGUUGGAGGCUUGGGAUUGAUUGUUGCGAAGAACCCAACCAGAGAUUUGAACUAUUUAACGUUUGACUUUCCAUGUAUUGAAGUUAAUUUUGAUGUUGGCUCUCAAUUGCUCAAUUACAUCAGAUACUCCAGGAAACCACAAGUAAAGCUGAAUCCUACACGAACUCAUGUUGGGCAACCUGUUUCAACACAUCUUGCUUCCUUCUCAUCCCGAGGUCCUAAUUCUGUUGCCCCUGCCAUACUUAAGCCAGAUAUAGCAGCUCCAGGAGUCAAUAUAUUGGCUGCUGUUCUUCCUGCAGACACUCCAUACAGGUUUGAAUCAGGAACAUCCAUGGCAGCUCCUCACGUGUCUGGCAUUGUUGCCUUGCUCAAGUCCCUUCACCCACAUUGGUCUCCAGCUGCUAUCAAGUCUGCACUCGUUACAACAGCAUGGGUAACAGAUCCUCAUUCUGGGGAACCAGUUAUAUCUGAGGGAAAUCCAAACAAGCUUGCUGAUCCAUUUGAUUUCGGUGGUGGACUCGUGAACACAAAUGGUGCAAAAGAUCCUGGCCUAGUCUAUGAUAUGGGAACCUUUGACUACAUUCUUUAUUUGUGCUCAAUGGGCUAUAACAAUAGUGCCAUCAGUAUGCUCAUUGAUCAAGCUGCAUCUUGUCCAAUCAAGAGACCUUCAAUUCUUGAUGUUAAUCUUCCUUCUCUAACCAUACCAAGUCUCAGGAAAAAAGUUAGAAGAACCGUCACCAAUGUUGGACCAGUGAACUCCAAAUAUGAAGCCAUCAUUGAACCUCCACUGGGCAUUACCAUAAAAGUAAAGCCUGAAACUUUGAUAUUCAACUCUAGCACCAAGAAAAUCUCUUUCACUAUCACCAUUUCAACCAGCCACAAAUACACCACAUACUAUUAUUUCGGGAGCUUAACUUGGACUGACGGGAUGCACCGAGUAAGAAGUCCUACAUCUGUGAGAAACGAGUUUCCAGAACUUAAUGGCUAGAAUAAACGAUGGAUGCAAGAGUUUGUUAAUUUAUCUCAAUGCAUUUGUGUAAUCUAAGUAUGUAUCAGUGGAUUCUUGACUGAAGUACUCUGCAAGAUAAAUCUUUUUAGCUUCCCUGUAGUAAAAGAAGAAUCUCCCUUACAAUGA